GCCAGCUUGGACACCUGAGGAUGUGUGGGUUCGUGUGUAUGAGCUGCCUCCUGUGGCACUAAAUGAUUUUUUGGCAAUGUGGACUAUAGGUGAUGUUUUUGGGAAAACGAAGGAUUUGGAUAUUGUCUUCACAAGGGCCAACAAAGUUUUGCGUAUUCUGGUUACAUGUCUUGAUCCCACUUUGAUACCUAAUACUUGGGACUUAAAAAUAAAAAAUGAUUUCUUUCGUCUACGUUUUGAAGUAGAAGGAUUACAAAGAUCAGCUCCGGCAGAUGUGACAAUGACUGAUCUUCCAAAGCAUGAUGAUGAUGUUGGGGGCAGUGGCAAUGGGCAGAGUGGUAAUGCAUCUAACAGAGAAACUAAAAGAUCAAAGAGCAUUUCCAGUAAUGAGACUGAUAAAGAUGACACAAACAAAUCUUCAGCCCACAAAACAAGUACAGGGAUUACAAAGUCUUCUUCUGUUUUGGCACAUGGCUUGGGGAAGGAACAUAAUACUCACAAGACCCCUGUGACCAUGCAAACUGAACACGUUGAGAGUACAUUGAGUGCUGAGCAUGGAGGACGAAAUUUUUUGAGCACCCAUACAGUGCCGAUUUUGAAUGACAAGGCACAUUUGGAGGAGGAAGUACGUCGAUCAUCGCUGCGGGAUCACCAACCGAGGCAUGCAGACCAUGCAAAGGCGACGUCAAUCGCUGAGAUGUCCGGAGCGCAGGCGGGCCAGAAGGCCGUCUUGGCGGCGACGGCGAGAACCCAGGCGGGCCAUAAGGUAGUUGUGGCCGGGCCGACCGUGGCGCCUCCACUGUCGGAGGCUGCUGGGUCGUCUCCGCGGCGGUCUCACUCUGGGCCAGUUUGGCGUGGCUCUCAGGGUAUGCAGACACAACCCAACAUGCAUGGUUUUGGCUGUUCCCGAGCGGGGACAGAGGGAAAAAGAAUUUUCACACGAGAAGAGAUUAUAGCUUUUGGAGGCAUUCCAGAACCAAAGGCUUCAGAUGUGCGUGCAAGCGCAAGAAUUGGGGCGCAGGCUACGGUGGAUCAGACGCAAAUGGAGCGGGCUAUGUAUGCUGCUCAGCGUCGAUCCACUCUGGGUACAACAGGUUAUUCUUCGUGCGGCGCAUUGGCUACAACUAUGGGCAUAUCUGCUCCCGUCGGACCAGCGGGAUACUAUGGUUACUGGAUGCAACCGGCUCCUGGAGGUCACUCAGGACUGCUAUUUCCAGGCUACUGGAUGGCGUCACAUUAGCAGGAUUCUAGAUGGAUAGUUUUGGUCUUAUAUUCGUCUGCAGAUGCUUCGAUCCGUUUUGUUUUAGUGAUAUUUGUUUACCAGACAUGUUCCUUGUAAUAAGCACUUGACUUUGAC